AAUGUAUCUCAUUAUUAUUUCUUAUUUCGGUGGAGACGUUUGAUAGGAAAAAAGAAGAAAAGUGUUUUGGCAUCAAGUUCGUUACAUAGCUUGUUAGUAAAUAACGUUCUGUUACCGCGUUCGGCUGUUAAUGCUGUGUUUUAUCACUCUCGUGAUGCCUGUGAGAUGAAUGGCUUCAGCACUGAAGAGGAAACACCUGGCUGCCACAAUCAAGUUUGCUGUCUUCUCGAUGAAGGUGAAAGAUGUACACAACCAGCUGGAAAUGCCAGUUACAAUAAGAGGAUACAGAAAACUGUAGCUCAGAAGAAAUUAAAACUUAGCAUUGAUCCUAAUGCUAGGCAUAUUUAUAUUUGUGAGUAUCACAAAGGGGUCAUUCAAAGUAUCAGAAAUAAACGUAAACGAAAAGAAAGUGAUGAUGAUAAUGGCUUGAAUGAUCAAGACAUGGAUAUCCCAGAAGUUGAUCUCUACCAACUUCAAGUGAGUGCAUUGCGAAGGUAUAAAAGGCACUACAAAAUACAGACUCGACAAGGAGUGAAUAAAGCUCAACUUGCUGAAACUUUGUCAAGGCAUUUUAAAACAAUUCCUAUAAGUGAAAAGGAAGCCAUUACGUAUUUUAUUUAUAUGGUAAAAAACAACAAGAAUAAGCUUGAUCAGAAAAAUGGAACUGAAUCUGCUGGAACUUAAAUCUCAGUGCACACUCAUUUGAAUGUUGUUAAUUUUGUUCAUAUUUUUUCUGUAAUAACAAUCAAUAGCAUCAUGUUAUUGCUUUUAUUCGAAUUAGUCACUUUAUAUUUCUUGAGUACAUUUGUCAAUGUGUUUAGAUACUUUUAAAUAUUAAUGCUUUGUUUGUGAAUUACAGUAUUAUGGCAGAGGAGAAUAUAUUGCUGAUUCAUUAAAUAUGGAAAACUGUAUGGGGUAUUGCAACUUUUAAGUAAGAGGAAUCUUAUCCGUGUACCAAUUAAGCAAUACUGAGAAAUAAUGUUCAACCUUUCAACCCACUUCCAAUAUGCAAAGGGAAUCCCAAUAAAAGAAACUUGAAAAAUUAUGAGCCAUGAUUUUGCUUUUGUAUGCUUGUUUUUUGUAAGAAUUUGAUUCUGACCAAGAAGAAACUGUCAUUAAUUCGUGCAAAUUAAGCAUUUGCUUGCAACUGCAAAUUGUUAUUUUCGUCUUUCAGAUACAGUGUAUCUCGGUAUAUGUGAUUCAUCAGUUCCAUGUCCUUUGAUAUAUACCAAACUUUUCUAUUAAGAAAUGAAGGGAAAAUGAUUAAUCAAUUACUAUAAAAAUUCUAUUGUUAUUAUUAUAACACUUAUAUUAGUAUUAACUAAGAUACAAAUAAGGUGGGUAAAAUAUAUACUGUUCAUAAAUGGAGUUCUGCACAUGAUACAGAAUUGUUUUUCUGCUAACCAGAUCGAAAACAAUUUUUCAACAUGCUCUUAACAUCUCUGUUUUUCAUUUGGUAACUGGUUUGACUCCCUUUGGUCCAACAUUAGCUGAUUGAAUAGUGUUCACAAUCGUAUACACAGUUAUACUCAGUGUAUGGUAUACAAUAAAGUCAUGAAUGCACAUGCCAUCUUUAUACUUUUCAACAAUAUCUUUUUUCACCUCCAUAGUGAUCCUAACAAUUUUCUUUGUUCUUGACUUUCUUAUGAAUUUUCCUAAAACUCAUUGUUAAUGAAUUUAUAAAAAAAUUAUGUGAAAAAACCACAGAGUCACUUAAAAUUUCAGAGUUAUAGCACAGGUUAUUUUCUGAAAAGUAGCAACAGGUAUACUGAUGAUAAUAAUGGAGCCUUGUCUCAAAUGAAGUAAACAAGUGUUGUGUGUGUAAUUGUGACUCAAACUCGAGCUGGUAUUACAAGCGAAUGGUGUAUACCAAACAAAGAUUUUUGCAUCCAAACAGGAUGUAUAUCAAGUUGGAUGUAUUUCAAAGUGGAGGUCAAAGUCUACUACAGUAUUUCUGGUGCAUAUCUGACAAGCUUUUGGCAAAUAAUAGAAAUAUUGAAAAAUUUUAACAAUAAUUGAAAUAAAAUAAUUAAAAGGAAAUCCAGUAUUAUUGUUGAAAGAAUAAACAAUUCGCUAAACUUCCAAACUUAUACCAGUUUCAAACCAUAAAACAAAACGAUUGUUUCUAGUCGUAAAACAUUUAGACCAUCUGUUCGAGAAUUCAAACAUUCAACAGCAUAGUAUUAGUCAAAGACGUGUUAAAAGGCAUAAAGAUAUUUAAGUAAAGUGGAAAACUUUGCAUCUUCUGUCCUGUUUCUAUUUCUGCAUCAUCUGUCCUUAAAAUAUUGUGUACACAGAUAAAUUAAUCCCACUUCAGUGAUUGGUUCAUCCAUACUCAUAUUCCCUACCAGGAAUAGUUAACAGUGCAUUAAAUGGUAAAAAGAAAAAGAAAAAAAAAAGUGUUUAAAUUAAAAAAAAUUAAUAAAUAAAUAAUAAUAAAAAAAAA